GGGGACAUUAUGGAGCUGGAGGCACCCUUGGAGGAGACCGAGAGCCAGAGGAAGGAGAGGCAAAAGAGCUUUAUGGAUAUCGGAAUUUCGGAUAAGGGAUUAUGGACCUGUACUUCCCUUAUAGGGUUGUUAUGAAGAUUUAAACAAGAUAAGCCGAAAACACAUUACACGUGCUAGAGUGAUAGAAGGAAGUCAAGGCACCAUUAUGACUCAGACGAGAAAUCAGAAACGAGAGAAAAUGGUGUUGCAGAUGACCUGGAUGCUCCGAAGCCCAAAAAAGUUAAAAUGAAAGAGAAGCUAAAUGGAGACACCGAAGAAGGAUGUAAUAGACUUUCAGAUGAAUUUUCUAAAACUCAGAAGUCAAGAAGAAAAGAUCUAUCAAAUGGAGAUAUUGAUGAAUAUGAAAAAAAAUCAAAACGAGUGUCAUCCUUAGAUAGUUCUACUCAUAAAUCAAGUGAUAAUAAAUUAGAAGAGACCCUAACACGAGAACAGAAAGAAGGGGCCUUCUCCAAUUUUCCUAUUUCUGAAGAGACUAUAAAGCUUCUGAAAGGUCGAGGGGUAACAUAUCUCUUUCCUAUUCAAGUUAAGACCUUUGGUCCUGUGUAUGAAGGAAAAGAUUUAAUUGCUCAAGCACGGACAGGAACAGGAAAGACAUUCUCUUUUGCCAUUCCCUUGAUUGAAAGACUCCAAAGAAAUCAAGAGAUGAUUAAAAAAAGCCGCUCACCAAAGGUACUUGUUUUGGCUCCUACAAGGGAACUGGCAAACCAAGUAGCCAAAGACUUCAAAGAUAUAACUAGGAAACUCAGCGUGGCGUGUUUUUAUGGUGGAACAUCAUAUCAAAGCCAAAUUAAUCAUAUUCGAAAUGGUAUUGACAUCUUGGUUGGGACCCCUGGUCGUAUCAAAGAUCAUCUACAGAGCGGCCGAUUAGAUCUUUCUAAACUGCGCCAUGUUGUCCUUGAUGAAGUGGAUCAAAUGUUAGAUUUAGGCUUUGCUGAACAAGUUGAAGAUAUUAUCCACGAAUCCUACAAAACUGAUUCUGAAGACAAUCCUCAGACUUUACUUUUUUCUGCAACUUGCCCACAGUGGGUAUACAAAGUUGCAAAAAAAUACAUGAAAUCCAGAUAUGAACAGGUUGACCUUGUUGGAAAAAUGACUCAAAAGGCUGCAACUACUGUGGAACAUCUGGCUAUCCAGUGCCAUUGGUCUCAGAGGCCAGCAGUUAUUGGAGAUGUCCUUCAAGUCUACAGUGGGUCUGAAGGGAGGGCUAUCAUUUUCUGUGAGACCAAAAAGAAUGUAACUGAAAUGGCCAUGAACCCACACAUAAAACAGAAUGCCCAGUGUUUACAUGGGGACAUUGCACAGUCACAAAGAGAAAUUACGCUGAAAGGCUUCAGAGAAGGUAGUUUUAAAGUUUUGGUGGCUACCAAUGUGGCUGCCCGUGGUUUGGACAUUCCUGAGGUUGACCUGGUGAUUCAAAGUUCUCCUCCACAGGAUGUUGAAUCCUAUAUUCAUCGCUCUGGACGCACAGGUAGAGCUGGCCGGACAGGGAUUUGCAUAUGUUUUUAUCAACCAAGGGAAAGAGGUCAACUAAGAUAUGUGGAACAAAAAGCAGGAAUUACUUUUAAACGUGUAGGUGUUCCUUCUACAAUGGAUUUAGUUAAAUCUAAAAGCAUGGAUGCCAUCAGGUCUCUGGCUUCCGUUUCUUAUGCUGCUGUUGAUUUUUUCCGACCAUCAGCUCAGAGACUGAUAGAGGAGAAAGGGGCAGUGGAUGCAUUGGCUGCAGCAUUAGCUCACAUCUCUGGUGCAUCGAGUUUUGAACCACGAUCUUUGAUCACCUCUGAUAAGGGGUUUGUGACCAUGACUCUGGAAAGCCCAGAAGAAAUACAGGACGUCAGCAGUGCUUGGAAAGAACUUAACAGAAAGCUGAGUAGUAAUGCUGUGUCCCAAAUUACCAGAAUGUGCCUCCUAAAAGGAAAUAUGGGUGUUUGCUUUGAUGUUCCCACAACUGAGUCAGAAAGGUUACAGGCAGAGUGGCAUGAUUCAGACUGGAUACUCUCAGUGCCAGCCAAGUUACCUGAAAUUGAAGAAUAUUAUGAUGGAAACACAUCUUCUAAUUCCAGACAGCGCAGUGGCUGGUCAAGUGGCCGGUCGGGCAGGUCGGGCCGGUCAGGUGGUCGAUCCGGUGGCCGGUCAGGUAGACAGAGUCGACAGGGGAGUCGGUCAGGAAGUCGACAAGAUGGUAGAAGACGAAGUGGGAAUAGAAAUCGAUCAAGAAGUGGGGGCCACAAACGGAGUUUUGACUGAGAAUUUGAUAGUUAAUCUACCAAUGUGAGCUUGCCUGUUUCUGCCUAAUCAUGUACGUUAUCCACCAAAAAUUAGGUCAUCAUAGUUGAGGUAUGUGUCUGCUAUUUGCAAAGAAGUUGGUCGUAUUUUUUUAAAAAGUAUUUCACAAGAAUGGUUGUAAACAAGUCUACUUAUCUAGUUAUACCUUUGAAUAAAAAAACCUCCUUUUAUUGUCUCUUUUCA